AUGGCAGUGGUGGAAGUCGAUAGUGGUGGUAGUGGAGGUGGUGGUGGUGGUGACAACAAUGAUGAUGUGGUGGUAGUGGAAGGCGGUGACAGUGGUGGAGAUGGAAGAUGCAGGGAGUGGGGGGUUGACGAUGAGAUCCGAGAAGAUCGACAGCGAUUAGAUGCCGAGACUAGAGGGGUGCCAUAUGUGCUAGAUGGACCACCUUACCCACCUCCACCUAUUAUUCUUUCAGCUGACCGUGCAGAUGUAGCAGUGGAGGAGGAGGAUAAGGAUGAGGAUGAUGAUGAUAAUGAGGCUACAGAGGAUGAGAUGGAUAUCUCUGAUAGCCAGGCACCACCUACGAGGAGGCCAGUUCUUGCAGCACAACCUGAGAGUUUUUCUCAGGCUGAGAUUAGAGCAUUACAGGUCAGGGUGGCAGAGCUACAGGAUGGACAAACAGUGCUGAGACAGAUGGUGACUGCACAGCAGAGCAUUCUUGAGGAGCUAUUACACCGCACUCCGUCUACCCCUUCUAUUUCUACAGAUACUCCUCUACCUCAUAUGGAUUAG